GUUGUACUAGACCGGUACCAGCUGUAGACGAGCAAAGACAGUGAGGUAGUACAGAUUAGUACGUUCACGCAGUUAGUGUUCAGCGUACAGAGACUAAAGAUCGCAUAAAUCUCUUGUUUUCCCUUCGCUUUCGAAAUCGCACUGCAUUUUACGAGUCAGAGUCAGUUGACGGAGAACGAGUCAAGGCUUCCAUUCUAACGUUCACGGUUUUCCGGUGCUGGAGAAUUUCUUUGUAGUGCAAUCGCCGCGUCCCUUCCUGUGUCUGUGGGAAAGUGGAAAGAAACUUUUGCCGAUUGAAUAGAAUUGCUGAAGUGUCGAGAUACAGCGGCUGAAAAAUGGAGAUCUGUAACCGAGAGGACCGACUAUAUGGUAUGCCAUGCGAAAAAGCGUCGCGCCUCGUUGAUAACGGGGAGAAACUCCGGCGGGAGAAAGUUUCCACCCUGCGAGAACUUAUAGAUGCGCUGUAUGAGGCCUACAACACGGAUAAUGUGAAUAUCGAUUACGUUCAGGACCUGAUGACGAAUUAUAAGAGCAAUCCCGCGGAGUGGAAGAAAUUUGCCAAGUUUGACAGAUACAGAUAUACCAGAAACUUAGUUGACGAAGGGAAUGGCAGGUUCAAUCUUAUGGUAUUGUGUUGGGGAGAAGGUCAUGGAUCAGCCAUACACGAUCAUGCCAACUCGCAUUGUGUAAUGAAAAUGCUCCAGGGGAAAUUAUGCGAGACGAGGUACGCGUGGCCCGAAGGAUCGGAGAUGAAAAAUGAUGCGGAGCUCAAGGAACUCGAGAAGAACACGCUUGAUAUAAACGAGAUCUGUUAUAUUAAUGAUUCACUAGGUUUGCACCGCGUCGAAAAUCCAAGCGCGGUGAAUCCUGCGGUCUCCCUGCAUCUGUACUCGCCGCCAUUCUCGUCGUGCUCGGUCUUCAACAAGCAAACCGGGCAAAAGUCUACGUCAAAUUCAAGAUGCCAGAUCUCCCGAGGAUAACUAAUCUGAGCAAGAAAGCAGAAACCACCAGCGAUAUGCCAAUUAAGCGUAUAAUCGUAUACGGAAAACGAUUUGCAUUUUCUUGAAUUGGACCUAGUUGUACAUUGUACGAAUAACUAAACGUUAAUAACGUGUAUUAUUACUAUUGUCCAAUUUUUGUCGUGUAGUCGUAUUUAAGUACUUAAAUUUACUUAUAAGAAUCUGUAGAUAUUUUUAUGUAAGAGAAUACGCAUUUCAUAUCUAUUUUAUGAUAUCUAUAAAUAAGUUAAAUUACUAAUCAAAUAAAGAAUAUAAG